UAGGGACUGUAGGAACGGUUCAUUUGCUGGAUGCUAGUCGGUCCGUUUACAAGCACGGACCGGAAGUAGCGUGGGGUUGCAACUUUUACUUACCUCAGUUUUGAUUGGACCAUUUUAAGUCAAUUUUGCCUAAAAUGUUAAGAAGAGCAACUACACAGAUCAUAAGACAGGUGUUGAGGCACAGUAGCACAGACCCAAGCCUCAUUCUUGAAAGAUCAAUUAAUCGUGUGCAGCUUUUGGGCCGAGUUGGGCAAGACCCAGUAAUGAGACAAGUUGAAGGUCGGAAUCCUGUCACAAUCUUCUCAGUAGCGACCAAUGAAAUGUGGCGCUCUGGAGAAGGAGAAAUGAACCCAGGAUCAGGGGAUAUCAGUCAAAAGACAACCUGGCACCGUGUGUCUGUGUUUAAACCCGGUUUGAGAGAUGUAGCAUACCAGUAUGUCAAAAAAGGCUCCAGGGUUCUUGUUGAAGGAAAACUUGACUAUGGAGAGUAUGUGGAUAAAAACCAAGUCAGACGUCAGGCAACAACCAUUAUUGCAGAUAACAUUGUUUUCCUCAGUGACAACAUUAGAGACAGGACUUGAUCUUGCGCUUCAUGAGAAGCCUCAAGUAGGACCCAAGUGCCAUGGAGAAGGCACAUCUCAAAGAACUUAUAUUACUUACACAUUUGAAGAUCCACUUAUUGUUGCGUAAAUACCAUCUAUGAUUAUGCUAAAAGAUCAUAUAUCCUCUUUAAUGUUUUAUGUAAAAUGGUGUAUGGUGGUUGCUCUUCAAGCAGUCACACAAACAAAGCAGUCUGCAUGUCCUCUGUGAAUCAGGUUCUCUUUUGGUACCCCAGAUUCUCCCACCACCAAAGACCUGCAUAUGUUUGCGAAUGAGAGGGAUUGGUUGUCUGUAUGACCAGCCUUCUGCCUACUCACAUACUGGAAAUGGCUCCAACACUUGUGCCCUUUUAAAUGGGAAAAGAAAAAAAUGUUUGGGGAAAACUACUUUCAUAAACUUUGUUUUGUAAUGGGCAUCCCAUUCUAAAAAAAAAAAAAAAAGGAUUUUUCAGUGAAGGGACAGUCUGAGAAAUUUAAAUGAAAAAAGGCUGUUGUUCUUUUCGGCUACAAGACUGGAAAGUUGCCUCUGUUCUAGGACUGUGUCCUAUAUUGUUUUCACCAUGUUGUUAAAUUUAGGUUAUUUUCUGUUUUUUAUUUUACUGCUUUUCCUUUUCAUCUUAUGAGCGGUGGUAAAUUGUUCAUAAUAAAGUUUUAGUAUGCGAGU